AACCCUUUUUACAACAGGUCAGACAGACUUGAAUCUAAUAGGCUGAUAGGGACUGCAGUAGAUAAGAUAGAGCAGGUGCAGUAUUUGGUUGAUUUAACGACUUUGACCGUGUGCAGAUUGCUGACUGAGAAAACGUGCAAAAGCACUGCAUGAUGCGUCACCAGACGGACAGACUGUCCUGUAAAUCUCAACGCAGUGUUUUCAGCACUUUGAUUUUCCAUCAUGCUGUUGUCCUCCUUCUCCUGACAAACUCGCUUGGAGGUCAGUCUCAGGUGAUUGGUCAACCUCAGACAAUAGUGGCAAUGGUCGGUGAUGACAUCACUUUGCCAUGCCAUGUGAGACCUGCCACGGAUGCCGUUAACGAGAUGCUGGAGUGGACGAGACCUGACCUGAACCCCAGAUUUGUCUAUUUGAGGCGGUUUGGUAAAGACCAUCUGGUGGAUCAAAACCCAUCCUACAAGGGGAGGACAUCAGUGUCCACUGACGGACUGAAACAGGGAGACAUUUCCCUGAAACUCUCCAAAGUGAAACUCUUUGAUGAGGGAACAUACAGAUGCUUCAUUCCACGAUUAAAUACACAAUCUAGUGUUCAGCUUGUUGUUGGCGCUGUCAUUGAGAUGACCAAAGUCAGCAGUGGAGUGUUACAGUGUGAGUCUGCAGGCUGGUAUCCAGAGCCUGAGGUGCUCUGGCUGGACGGAGGAAAACUCAUCUCUGCUGGACCUACAGAGACAGUCAGAGGUCCUGAUGACCUCUAUACUGUCAGCAGCAGAGUGACUGUGGAGAAGAGACACGGCAACAGCUUCACCUGUAGAGUCCAACAGCAGAACAUCAACCAGACCAGAGAGACACACAUCCAUGUUCCAGAUGAUUUCUUCACAGACUCAUCUACGUCACCUGAUUUUUCCAUCAUCGGUUUGGUUGUUGGCAUUCUGUUCAUUCUUGCGGUUGCCUUUUUUGUAUGGAAAUGGAGACAAAACGGAAUCAACAAUAAGAAGCACCAUGAGGAUGAAGAAACGAAGGGAGGAGGAGAGAAGAAGAGCACCUCUAUGAGUAAUGAUUCAGAACACAUGUUACUGUUAGAUGAAGAAACAGAGAGAGAAACUCACAGCAGAAAGACAAACAAGAAUCAGAACAAGGUGGAAGAGGAAAAUAAAACUGAAUGUUUAAGUGAAGAAACAGGACGUUCAUGCCAAACAGAGGAGGAAACACAGCAAGAGAAGCUCAGGACAGAAGGAGAAACUGAGUCUGAGUUUGUGAUGGAGAACAGAAGACAGCAACAUGAAGUCCAGACAGGAGGAAAGACAAUGAACAGAGCGCAAGAGACCAAAUCAGUAAGUGAAGAAACACAAGCUCCAGAUCCAACAGACAGAGAAACACAGCAUGAACAACCAGAGGAUAAUGUGGACAGGAGAAACAGAGCGGAGGAAACACAGUCUGUAAAUACUGAAACAGAAGGUCAGGGUUUGAAGGAUGGAGGAGGACGACAACAGCUGGUCACUGGAAGAAGAGAAGCAAAGAUGGAUCUUGACAAGGAAGAUGAAGAGAAACUAGAAUCUACAAAUAACAAAACUUCAGGUCAGGGUGCAACUGAGGGAGAAAAACAAAAUGAGACGCAGGCAGGAAGAGCGCUAAAAACUGGGGAAGAGACCAACGUGGCGAGUAAUGAGACAGAGCGUUCAGGUCCACAAAAGACAGAAACACACAGAGAGCAGCCAGAGAAGAAUGUGGACAAGAGAGAUGAAGAAGAGGAAGAAGGUAAAGAGAAAUUUGAAUCUACAAAUAACGAAACAGCAGGUCAGGGUGCAACUGAGGGAGAAAAACAAAAUGAGACGCAGGCAGGAAGAGCGCUAAAAACUGGGGAAGAGACCAACGUGGCGAGUAGGCAAACAGAACGUCCAGGUCCACAAAAGACAGAAACACACAGAGAGCAGCCAGAGAAGAAUGUGGACAAGAGAGAUGAAGAAGAGGAAGAAGGUAAAGAAAAAUUAGAAUCUACAAAUAAUGAAACAGCAGGUCAGGGUGCAACUGAGGGAGAAAAACAAAAUGAGACGCAUGUAGGAAGAGCGCUAAAAACUGGGGAAGAGACCAAUGUGGCAAGUAAUGAAACAGAGCCUCCAGGUCCACGAAAGACAGAAUCACGCAGAAAGCAGCCAGAGAAGAAUGUGGACAAGAGAGAUGAUGAAGAGGAAGAAGGUAAAGAGAAAUUUGAAUCUACAAAUAACGAAACAGCAGGUCAGGGUGCAACUGAGGGAGAAAAACAAAAUGAGAUGCAGGCAGGAAGAGCGCUAAAAACUGGGGAAGAGACCAACGUGGCGAGUAAUGAAACAGAGCGUCCAGGUCCACGAAAGACAGAAACACACAUAGAGCAGCCAGAGAAGAAUGUGGACAAGAGAGAUGAAGAAGAAGAAGAAGGUAAAGAGAAAUUAGAAUCUACAAAUAACGAAACAGCAGGUCAGGGUGCAACUCACAGAGAAAAACAAAAUGAGAUGCAGGCAGGAAGAGCGCUAAAAACUGGGGAAGAGACCAACGUGGCGAGUAAUCAAACAGAACGUUCAGGUCCACGAAAGACAGAAACACACAGAGAGCAGCCAGAGAAGAAUGUGGACAAGAGAGAUGAAGAAGAGGAAGAAGGUAAAGAGAAAUUUGAAUCUACAAAUAACGAAACAGCAGGUCAGGGUGCAACUGAGGGAGAAAAACAAAAUGAGAUGCAGGCAGGAAGAGCGCUAAAAACUUGGGAAGAGACCAACGUGGCGAGUAAUGAAACAGAGCGUCCAGGUCCACGAAAGACAGAAACACACAUAGAGCAGCCAGAGAAGAAUGUGGACAAGAGAGAUGAAGAAGAGGAAGAAGGUAAAGAGAAAUUAGAAUCUACAAAUAACGAAACAGCAGGUCAGGGUGCAACUCACAGAGAAAAACAAAAUGAGAUGCAGGCAGGAAGAGCGCUAAAAACUGGGGAAGAGACCAACGUGGCGAGUAAUCAAACAGAACGUUCAGGUCCACGAAAGACAGAAACACACAGAGAGCAGCCAGAGAAGAAUGUGGACAAGAGAGAUGAAGAAGAGGAAGAAGGUAAAGAGAAAUUUGAAUCUACAAAUAACGAAACAGCAGGUCAGGGUGCAACUGAGGGAGAAAAACAAAAUGAGAUGCAGGCAGGAAGAGCGCUAAAAACUUGGGAAGAGACCAACGUGGCAAGUAAUGAAACAGAGCGUCCAGGUCCACGAAAGACAGAAACACACAGAGAGCAGCCAGAGAAGAAUGUGGACAAGAGAGAUGAAGAAGAGGAAGAAGGUAAAGAGAAAUUAGAAUCUACAAAUAACGAAACAGCAGGUCAGGGUGCAACUCACAGAGAAAAACAAAAUGAGAUGCAGGCAGGAAGAGCGCUAAAAACUGGGGAAGAGACCAACGUGGCGAGUAAUCAAACAGAACGUCCAGGUCAACGAAAGACAGAAACACACAGAGAGCAGCCAGAGAAGAAUGUGGACAAGAGAGAUGAAGAAGAGGAAGAAGGUAAAGAGAAAUUUUAAUCUACAAAUAA